AUGAUUGAGGUUCAGGCCAAUGAUCGUCUAGGCAAGAAAAUCAAAGUCAAGUGCUUGCCCGAAGACACAGUAGGCGACCUCAAAAAGAUAUUGUCGCUUCAGCUUGGUACGGCUCCUGAUAAGCUUGUAUUAAAGAAAGGGUACCAGGUUUACAAAGACCACAUCAGUCUCGAAGACUACGAGAUCCACGACGGUUUUAACUUUGAAUUGUAUUACGGGUAG